AUGGAAGAAAUAAGCAAUUGUUUAAAUAAUUUGGCAUCUCUUGCACUUUCAACGACAGGAGAAAUUCCUCCGCCAUUGGUAGGGUGUUCUUUUACUCUUAUUGGAACAAAACUUUAUGUAUUCGGAGGGCGUUUAGUUUCUAAUUGGAAUUUAACAAAUGAUUUAUAUGUCUUGGAUUUAGAAUCGUAUAUUUGGACAAAGAUUCAUAAUCUUUCGCCACAUCUUCCCGAGCCUAGAUAUUUUCAUUCGGCGGAUAUAUAUUUGAAUUCUAUUUAUGUUUUUGGAGGAAUUGGUUUAUCUAAAAAUCCUGAUAAUCCUUAUUGUCUCUUGGAUGAUAUUGUUGUUUUUGAUCUUCAAUUUGGAAAAUGGAAGAAAAUAAUGGUACCGCCAUCAUCAUAUUUUCCAAAACCUCGAUAUGCACAUUUAUCUGUUAUUAAUAUGAAUUAUUUAAUGAUUAUUGGAGGACAAGAUUUGGAAAAUAAUUAUAUUGAAGAAGCUAAUUGUUUCGAUUUAAAUAUGCAUAUAUGGUCAUCUUCUUUUGUUUUUAAUAAACAUUGUGGUCUCUAUCGUUCGGUCGCUUCUUGUAAAAUGGAAACUUUUCCUGAAUGUGCAUUAAAUCUUAGCGAGAAGAAUACAUUGAUAUCUGAAAUUGCUUCAUCGUACCAGAGUUCGCCUUUUCAGAGUAAACGGAAAUCAUUAAGUAUUUCAGAAUCAUCAAGAAGAUUAUCUGCCCAUAGCGAAAUAUCAAAUUUACUUUAUCAUUCACAAGCCAAAAAAUCAUUUGAUGGCACACAGAAGUCUGAUGGUGAGUUAAUUUCAACUCAUGUUCAGUAUGUUUCGAACAAUCCUAUUUUUAUUUAUUCUAAUUAUAAUUUCAAAAAUCUGAAAAAUGAGCUUUAUAUGAUUACUUCCUUGGAAGAUGACCAAUAUAAUAUAGUAGACAUUUCUGAUAAGUUUUCAGGUGAACUAAAACCCUCUGGUUUACGGUUUCCAUCAGGAGGUAUUCUUGGCGAUCAUCUUGUUAUUUUUGGGACUUAUUUAACAAAUACUACACAUUCUUAUAGUAUUUGGUGUAUUGAUCUAAAUAGUUUGACCUGGUCAAGGAUUGAUCCAGGCCCAUUAUUAGACGAAGGUUCUUGGAAUAAAGGAAUUAUAGAUUAUGACAAAAAUUGUUUACUUAUUUUUGGAAAUAAGGAACAAGAUUUAGUCGAGGAUUAUAAUCAUCGAAGAAUUAAUUUCGAUCAUAUUAUUUUAGUUGAACUUGAAGCUUUUGGAGUUUACAGAGUAACUAUUCCGAAAAUGUCUCUCGCCGCUCAAGAAUUGGGAUUAAUGAUGCUGGAAGAUCCUUCUUUUUCUGAUAUGGAAAUGUUGACACAAGAUAAUGUUAUUUUGCCCUGUUCUACAAAAGUUUUAUCCACAAGAUGGCCUCGGUUUCAUAGUUUUUUCAAAGCAAGUCUUAAAAAGGAUACCACUGAAUUUUCAACUUAUGAUUUUUUAACUAAAAACCAAAGAAAUACUUUGACUUUACAUAAUAAUUUGACUCAAUUGAGCAGUAGUGGGCCUUCAUCUGCAAGAUUUUAUAAUCGUUCUCGUACUCUUUAUAUUCCUCAUCCAUCAUCUGUUGUUCAACAAUUUCUUCGAUUUUUAUAUACUUAUUCCCUAGAACCAAAUAUUCUGGAUGAUAUUUCUGCUCUUUUUGCUUUGCUUUCGCUUUCUAAAAGUUUUGGUCCCGACUUAGAAGUAAAAGAUUUAAGUCUUUAUAUUUUUUAUGCUCUUCAAAAAUGUUUAACCUCUCAAAAUGCUUCUUCUAUUUAUGAAAUGGCUGUUUUAUAUGGACAUAGAGGUUUACAGAUUCGUUCAUUGAAAUUAAUUUCUUCUCUAAAAAAAGAUGAUAAUUAA